AUGACAAGUCUGAUUUUGGAGAACACGGAUCUAAACCGCCUUUUUCCAAAAUGCCGGCCUAGGAGCGGACCACCCCCGCCCCCGGGGGGUUCCACGCAAUCCAACCAGCCGCAUGACCAUCCUUGUCAUCUGGAGGUCAACUCCAUCAUCGCCAUCCCAAGCGUGGCCACGAGCACCGCAGUCUCCAAUUCCGUAAUAUCGGAAGACAUGAUCGACCUUGAAAGGGAUACCCCCGACAGUAAUAAAAAUACUAACAGUUACGUCGAUUCUAAAAGUAUGAGGGAACGUCGAUUAAUUAUGUUAGGAAUACACUGGAACUUGGAUUUGUGCACGGUUUUGAACAUGGCCCGCAGUGGCCUUCGACACAAAGCCAGGGAUUCCGAACAUAAAAAUUACACUAUAAAAACAUUAGGACUUUGCUGGAAUUCCAGAGAGGACACGAUUCUUUACGUCGUAAAAGAGCUUGAUAACACUGAUAAAGUAACAAAAAGAAUCGUCCUCUCUGAAAUCGCUAAAAUAUUCGACCCUUUACGAUUAUUGGGCCCCAUUACCCUUUACGACCAACUAUCAUCCUUGAAUGAAAUCAGAUUUAAUCGGUGCGUACUUGCUCGCGACACAAUUAAUGUUCAAAUGCACGGGUUCUGUGACGCCAGCGAGAAGGGUUACCGAGCCUGCAUUUACUUGCGGUCCACUGAUAAGCAGGGCCAACACCAUUCAUCUCUCGUUUGCUCGAAAUCUCGAGUCUCCCCAGUACAGACAAUAACACUACCGCGAUUAGAAUUAUGCGCCGCUCUUCUGCUUUCACAUCUCUACGAGACCACUGGUUCGGCAUUACAGCAUGUAAAGUUCAGUCAAACUAUUUUCUGGUCAGAUUCCGCAGUGGCUCUGCAUUGGAUUAAUGCACCUUCGCAUACUUUAAAAACCUUCGUGUCAAAUCGAGUAGCGAAAAUCCAAGAAAUUAUACAAAACGUCGCUAAUUUCACGUGGAGGCACGUACCCACGAAUGAAAAUCCUGUCGAUUUAUGUUCUCGGGGGCAAUUACCAGACCAAUUUAUAUCCGACAUCGUAUUUUGGCAGCGUGAUCCUCACUGGAUUAUUCAGGAGGAAUGCAGUUGGCCUAACUUGGAAUUAAAAAAGUGCGAACUCCCCGAACGUAAAUCCAAUUUACCGCAGAUUGCAAUGGCAAAACUAAAAUUAUUAACAGAACGCAUUAUUGAACUCACGCAAGCAAAUACGUUUGCGAAAGAAAUUGAUAGCUUAGCACAUAAGGGAGCUGUCGAUUCAAAGAGCAAAAUUCUUAACCUCAAUCCGUUUUUAGAUCAGGGAAUUUUGAAAGUAGGUGGAAGGCUCACCCAUUCAGACUUAGCAUAUAAUCAGAAACAUCCGAUUCUGCUUCCACGAAAACAUCACGUGACUGAUCUUAUUAUUCGCGACACUCACUUCACGUUAAAACAUUCGGGAGUUCAAGCUACCAUGUACUCUGUAAGAGAACGAUACUGGCCCAUCGAUGGGAGAAAUGUGACGCGUCGAUUAAUUCAUCAGUGCAUUAAAUGCUUUCGUUCCAAGCCUCGCAGUAUUGAUCAUCAAGUGGAAAACCUACCCUCGGAUCGAUUAGAAUAUUCGCAACUAUUCCUGAAUGUCGGAGUCGACUCCUGCGGACCUUUCUACAUAAAAGAAAGACGAUAUCGCAAUAUAAAAAAGGUUAAAACCUUUGUAGCAGUUUUCGUGUGCCUUGCAACUAAAGCUGUGCAUCUAGAGCUAGUGAGCGAUCUUACUACGAUUGCCUUUCUUGGCAGUCUGAAAAGAUUCAUUUCGCGACGAGGAAAGCCCGACAAAAUUAGAUCCGAUAAUGGUACGAAUUUCCAAGGUGCUAACAGACAAUUAAACGAGCUCAAGCAACUUUUUAGCUCUACAAAUCACAAUGUAGCAGUGAAAGGUUACUUGAACAAUCAGGGAAUAAAGUGGUCCUUUAUUCCUCCUGAAACACCGCAUUUCGGCGGCCUUUAG